AUGUCCGACCCCGUCACCUACAACUUCUACGGCACGACCGUUCCGGUGCUGCGUAACAUCAGCACUUCUGCAAUCAACACACUUCGCACUGCCAAGGAUGAGCAAUCGAAAGGCAGUCUCCCCACGGACCAGGAGAUCCUUGACUCCAGGUUUGGCGACAUGCUGCCCUUCCGUAUGCAGCCCGUUCUUCUGGCCAAGUUCUCAGUCGCAGCUCUUGACUUUCUGAAGCUGCCCAAGGUCGAGGUCCCCGCUAUGAAGACCGAUUUCAGAACUCUCGAUGAGGUCAUUGAGUUCUUCGAAGCCGUGAAGAAGGUCUUCGAGAACAUCGACGAAAAGGCGUACAACGACGCUGCCGAGAAGAGCUGCGAUGUCUCUGUAGGGCCUGGAAAACCUACGCUGCACAUGACUGGUCUUGCGGACUACUUUCAUGGCUUUGUCGUCCCCAACUCGUACUUCCACCUCAACGCUAUGUAUAUGUUGUUAAGGAAUGCAGGAUUCAAGCUGGGUAAGGGUGUGUACGUUGGAUCGUUCAUGAGCGAGCAACAGCAGAAGGACUGGGCACCGUUAAGAGGUUAGAGUGUCUGAAAUCUCUCAUUGAAACGAAAUAGCAGCGGGAUGAACAAAACGUUCGCAUGAAUGGAGAGAAUUAAAGCGCUCUCGAGAAC